UGUACAGAAGUCAGAUUUGUUAUACAAACUGAAUAGGUUGGAGGUGUUAGUUGGCUCAUUUCGUGCUCAUUCUGCAUACAGAGAUUUCACGUUAUCAGCCAUCGGAGACGUACAUCAUGACACAACCAGACAAGGGAAAGAUGAAACCAGCUGAUGAGAAAAGUAUCAAAGUGUACGUUAUGGAGAUCGAGGAUGUGGUGGAAGCAAGAGAGCUAACAGCCAAACUGUUAUCUGAAGACAUAAUAGAUCGAGAGGAUAGAGAAAAGAUUGAUGCUGGGGAAACAAGGAAGGAGAGGACGAGGAGACUCAUGGACAUCAUUGCCAUGAGAGGAGAAAGGUCAUUUCCCGUCUUUGUAAAAGCAUUGCAGUCAAGAGGAUACAGGGAUCUAGCGAUGAGGUUGCUUGAAACAAGAUGCAGUUAUCAAGAUAUGGAUACAGAAGAACCGAAAGAGGAUUUGUCCAAACAAAUGGAAUUACUUAUACAGAGAAUCAAUACGAUUGAGAGUGAAGUGAAGAUGAAAAUGGUUACCAAGAAGGAGACUGUAAGUCUCUCUAUCGAAAUAAAAUCCCUUUCGUUGAAAGUGCAAACAAUCUCGUGUACGCUACUUCAGAUUGAAGAACUGUCUAGAUUAAGCAAGGCAACAGAAGUUACAAUAUCAGAGCUGAAAGACCAGUUACGGGCAAAGGAUAAACUAUUAGAACUUGCAAGGGGGCAGAUUUAUGAGCUGGAGAGUAAACUGGAAAAUCUAGAAGCUGAGAAUGCCCUGCUGCGAUCUGAUGUGAAGCGACAAGACAAACAACUCCGUACUCUUCGACGGGCAAUCGAGGACGAGAAGCUACGCAAUGAGAAACUUCGGAGACAAGCGGAAGAGGAUAGAAUGAGGAAUGAGACGACGUUUCACAAUCAUGAGAGGUUGUUUGAAGAGAUGGCGAAGCAGCAGGAUCGCAUCAUCAAAGAGCGGGAGGAGGACAAGGCACAGAUGCAGGCCCUGGAGCGGAAGCUGGAUCAACAGAGGAAGCUGAAGAAGAAUGUUGGGAAACGGAACAUCGUUCCAAGGAACAGAAUGGAGGAGAACAGGAAAUAGAGAUUUGGUACCUGCAGUGAUGGGUUAAGUGAUGGCUUGUGUUUGACAAUAUGGCAUUCCACGGAACAGGAUGUAUGUUUUAUUGCCAUGAAAAGGAUGUACAUGCAGUGUGCUUACUAGUAGCAAUGUCAUUUCAAGUAAUUUAAUUUAAUGCAUUUUUGGGGGGCCACGAAACGGACGUACAUAUUUACAAUUAGUAAUUUCAAUUAAUGUCAGUUGUGUUUGAUGCAAAAUAUGGCAUAUGGCUCGCUUUGUGCUGUACUGCAUGCUGUGUUGUUUGAACCAUACUUAGCUUUCCCGAGCCUUGACUCCUGGGGUAUAUUUAGUUCUGAUGUGACGUGAUACGUCAAACAUACAUGGUUGCUUUCUGCUGUGGAAUUUAGUAUUAUAUGUUGUCCGAAACAGUUAUCGUCAUAGCCGACUUUAUCAUUUGUGCGUUGUCAUUGUUUGAAUAAGAUCAGCAUAGUAUAAGACUUAUGAUAUCCAUCAAACGAUCCUUUUGGUCUUAUCGUAAAUGUCAAAACUCGGUGCUGGCGCACGAAUACAUAAAAACCACAAAGAUGGCGGACCGAGAGAAAGGGAAGAGCAUGAUUGAGCAAAGAAAAUCAAUUAUUUACCUUGUCAAUAAGCAUAAAUACAGGUAAUGACCACCGCAAAUCGAGUGAAAUACAGUCACCUGUACAUUAAAAUGUCAGUUCUGAACGCUGCCUAACUCAAGGGUCUGGACCAGAGGUAGUCUCGCACGAAGUGAGGCGUGGACUCCACAGACAGUCAGACAGUCAGACUGACAGGCAAUCAGUCACAGUCGCACUUACUCAGUGCAGGUGCACUGAAUGACUUUGCGAUCAAUGCGAGUUUUACUUCGCUUGAGGUUGGUCAUCCGAUGCCCAGACUUGCUGACCAAAUGCAUAUGUUUACAUUGCCAAUAUAUUGUGUUGCGUAACAAGAUACUAGUCAUAACACUUCAGCAAUGAAGCAGUUCCGGCGUUGG